AUGAAUAACUAUACAUCACUCACUGAGUUCAUCCUCCUGGGGCUGACAGAUGACCCACUAUCCCUGGUUGUCAUUUUAAUUUUUCUGUUUCUCACCUACGUGUUGAGCGUGACUGGUAACAUAACUAUCAUCACCCUCACCUUGUUGGAUUCUCGCCUUAAGACUCCAAUGUAUUUCUUCCUGCGCAAUUUCUCAUUCUUAGAAAUCUUAUUCACAACUGUAUGUAUUCCAAGAUUCCUGGUCAGCAUCAUAACCAAGGAUAAAACCAUUUUUUACAUGGGCUGCUUGACCCACUUAUUUUUUUUCAUCUUCUUGGGGGUAACUGAAUUUUAUCUUCUGGCUGCCAUGUCCUAUGAUCGCUAUGUUGCCAUCUGCAAGCCCCUACAUUACACAAUUAUCAUGAGCAACCGAGUUUGUUAUCAGCUGCUACUCAGUUCUUGGAUAACCAGCUUCCUAAUUAUCUUUCCACCAGUGAUCAUGGGACUUAAACUAGAAUUCUGUGCUUCCAAUGUCAUCGAUCAUUUCAUCUGUGACUCCUCUCCCUUCCUGCAGAUUUCUUGCUCAGACACACAUUUUCUGGAGCUGAUGUCUUUUAUCUUAGCUGUGGUGACACUAAUGGUCACAUUGGUGUUAGUGAUUCUCUCCUACACAUACAUCAUUAGGACAAUUCUGAAAUUCCCCUCUGCCCAACAGAGGACAAAGGCCUUUUCCACUUGUUCUUCCCACAUGAUUGUUGUCUCCAUUUCUUAUGGCAGUUGCAUCUUCAUGUACAUCAAACCCUCAGCAAAUGAAAGGGUGGCUUUAAGCAAUGGAAUAGCUGUGCUCAAUACCUCAGUUGCCCCUUUGCUGAAUCCUUUCAUUUAUACCCUAAGGAACCAGCAAGUGAAAAAAGCUUUCAAAGACAUGAUCCAAAAGACUAUGUUUGCUGCAAAAAGAAAUAAGAUAAUCUGUUGUCAUAAGUAA